UCGCAGAGUAAACAAAAACAAACAACAUCUGAUUUUUUGCAAGACAUAAAUUUGAAGAAGAUUGCAAAAUGUUGGAUUUCUUAAAAGAAUUACCCAAAGUCGAACUACAUGCUCAUCUCAAUGGCUCGCUAAGCAUUUCCACUUUGCGAGAUCUCGGAGAAAAGGUUUACGGAGAGAAUACGGAAGAGUUCCUAGAACUUUGUGCUCGCUUUAUCAAAUUUGAUCGAAACUCCAAAUUGGAAGAAUGUUUCGAAAAAUUCGCCUUUGUACACGAGCUAACUUCAACGGAGAAAGGUCUGAGAUAUGCCACCGAGUUUGCCAUACGAGACUUUGCCCAGGAUAAUGUACAAUAUGUGGAGUUGAGGACGACACCAAAGGCUAACAGCCAUUACACUAGAAGAGAAUAUCUCCACUAUGUGGUGGAGUCCAUUAGGAGUGCACAAACAAAGUAUCCCAAGAUUAUGGUAAAACUAUUGGCCUCUAUUAACCGGGCGGAGCCGGUGGCAGUGGCUGAAGAAACUGUGUCCCUGGCUUUGGAAUUUGCCAAGACUGAUGGAGAUAUUGUUGUGGGAAUCGAUCUAAGUGGUAACCCUGCUCGGGGCAAGUUUAGUGACUUCAUUCCAGCAUUGCGAUCGGCAAGGGAACAGGGCCUGAAACUUGCCAUCCAUUGUGCUGAGAUUGAAAACCCCUCUGAGAUCAAGGAAAUGCUGGCAUUUGGUAUGUCACGAUGUGGACAUGGCACCUAUCUUUCCAAAGAUGAUUUGACUCACAUGAAACGGCAUAACAUUCCCGUCGAGUGUUGUCUCACCAGCAAUGUGAAGUCCGGCACAGUGUCCAGCUAUGAGGAGCAUCAUCUUAAACAGCUUAUGGAAGCUGAAGCCCCGAAAGUCUUGUGCACAGACGAUAGCGGAGUCUUUGAUACCACACUGUCAAUGGAAUUUCACUUGGCCACUCAAACAUUUGGCUUAAACCGAAGUCAAUGCAUUGAACUAACCAAAGAAGCAGUGCACCAUUCAUUUGCUAGCUCUGAAGAGAAGCAGAAGAUGCUCAUAAAACUGGAGGAGUUCCUGAAGAGGAACCCAUAAAAUGAUUUCGAUUGUUAUUUUAAUUUUUUGUAUCAAUUUUGUGCCAACUUUGUUCAAUAGAAGAUUCCAAUGAUUGUGGUAUCAAUUAAAUCCAAAUGUGGAAUUCUCUGGAAUCCUCUCCCACUAGCAAUUUCUGAAAUUCUAUUAAUCAUUUAAAUUACUGCAUCAACAGGUUUCGUAUCUAAUCAGCAUGAACAUAUUUAAAACCCGCGCGCUCGAAAUUUGACAACAGCUGUUGUUGAGCAGAUGAUUGCACAUCGUGAUAAUACUGGUUUUGGUGUGUCAACAAAAGGAACGGAAAAACGUUUUCAUACGCUUAUUUAUUAAUUUGUUAAGGAUGACAACGAUGCAAUUAAACGAACUGCUCUGCCGGGUUUGCCUGCAGCAAGACGAGCUAAUGGUGGAUAUCUAUGAGAAGGUAGAGGAGCUUCAAAUGGACUUGUCUUCUUUACUGGACAAGAUUGGCAGCAUUGAUAUUAAGCUUGAUCCAACGGAUGCCUAUCCCAAAUACUUGUGCCAGGAAUGUACCAAUGAGCUACUCAUCUCGGCCAGAUUUCAAAAGAAAUGCUUGGAAACGAAGCAAAUGCUUAGCAAGCUUAAAGGCCAAAAGCCCAUGGAAGUUGAACCUGAUGUAAAUCAUCUCUUGGCAGAGGAAAUAAUUGAAUUCGAUCCCAUUGACUAUGCAGAAAGCUUUGAGCCGUGUCAACAAGAUGAGCAAGAAGCCACCACCAAGCAGUCUAAGCCAAUUUACAGCUGUGAUAAAUGUGGUGCUGUUUUCCAAUUGACUUUGACUCUCCAUAGACAUUUGGAAAAAUGUCAUUCGGAUGCCAAAAUUUACGAAUGCCAAAAGUGUGGUCAUGCCUACACGGAUAAUGAGAAUUUCCAGAGGCACUGCUGCAAAGAUUCCAUUGCUGAUUCUAGUUCUAGACAGGCGCAUCGUUGCUCACUUUGUGGCAAGUGCCUGAAAUCACCAUCUAGUCUGGUCAUGCAUAUGAGAUUACAUAAUGGCGAGCGGCCUUUUGCCUGUGCUAACUGUCCCAAAAGUUUCAAGACCAAUGGAGCUCUGGUUAGCCAUCAGAAACGUCAUCAACAAUUGCCGUGCCAUGUGUGUCCCCACUGUGAUCGAGGCUUUGUAGAGUCAAGCAAUCUAAGGCGUCACAUUCAGUCCUUGCACACGGAUGAACGUCCUCACACAUGCACCAUUUGCCAAAGAAAAUUCUCCCGAGUCUAUUUGCUACAGUUGCAUAGCCGGACCCAUACAGGAGAGCGUCCUUAUGCCUGCUCGCAGUGCGAUCGUCGAUUUGCCCAGUUGGCAGUGCUGCGAAACCAUGAGACUACACAUUCCCAGCAAAGACCGCAUCGUUGUGCCAUGUGCCCGAAAACAUUUGGCCGGACAAGCCAACUCAAAAAGCAUGAACUUAGUCAUAUCAGUGCAAUGAACCCAGAUAAGCACUAAAUUUGCAUUGGGUCAAGGUAUUUAUUUGGUACUAUCAGUUAUUUUUGGCAGUUUUUUAUUAAUUUUCUUCUGUCAAAUUUGCAUUGGGUCAAGGUUUCUUUCGGACACAAUUGUUUGAUUCAUUUCACUUGGAGAGAAAUUGUCAAGGUGAAAUCAUGGAGAUUUUCAAAGUUAUUGCCAGCAUCGCUUGCAUCUUGAUGAUGGACUCUUGCUGGGCAAAUCCGGCAAGGGAAAGCCGAAGUGUUCAUCUCACAGUUCCUAAGGGUACUGGCAAUUCGGCUGCAGUGGCCAGUGCUGUGCGUAGCCUAAACACCAAGAUGGACAAACAAAACGAAGCUCUGAAUCGUCUAGCCGAUGCCACUGAACAACUGGCAACUAAAACUGCUCCGCCAAGCUGCAUAAUGACUGAAAAAUAUGGUUAUACUCGUAUCCAGUUGGAGCCCACAAGCAAACCCUUUGAUGUCUUUUGUGAGCAAGCCAUUAACGAAGGUGGCUGGACAUUGGUUCUCCAGAGAUUCAAUGGCACUUCGCGUACUGCUCAAGAGUAUCGUAAUGGUUAUAACAGCAUUCAGGCCGGCGAAUAUUUUCUGGGCACGGAUAAACUUUAUGCUUUGACACAUUCUCGCCUGCAUGAGCUGCUCUUUGUUAUGGAGUUUAAUAAUUUGACUAACUCCAUAUUCCAAGCGCCUCGAUUUGUCUUGAAAAAUCCCGAAGCAUAUUCGUUGUGGGCUCAGGAACGUGAAACAAGUCGCUACAGUUGGACGCAAUGGCAAAAUGAUGCUGCACGUUUAAAAGCUGAAGAAUCAUGGAUCAGUUAUGAACUGUGUCAACCAGGCGAAGCUUUGUGCGGUUUGGAGCGUUUUUUGGUCUUCUUAUUGAAAUGGAACUUCACGCAAGAUACUUACAAUCCGCUGUCUGAACACCUGCCCAUCAGACUGUUUAAGCUACUAGUGCGACCAAGCAAUGCAUACUGGACUGUACCUGUAUAGGGGAGAAUGCUAAUCGAAAAGGACUCAAAGGACUGGAUGUAAAGAAACAGGAGAAUUGUUCUUGUAGUCACGUUUGCAAUCCUUGGACCAUACACUAAAUUUCCUUUCCUGCCUUUGAAAACUUGUUUAACAUAGUAAAACACAAAUUUUUCAGUCCAAUCUAUAAAUGGAUAUAUAACAAAUUGUUAACCUCUUAAAUUUAAAAGAAAAAGACACCAAGAUAAUUCAUUUUUCAAAUUGUUUAUUGCAUGCACGUAAAGAUUUAGUAAGUUUUUACUUCUGGUAAUUGGUUUACAUUUGUUUUUUUGUGUUUUGUGUGUUCUUUUGCGAUUAGCCUACAAGUUACAACAAAUUACGUAGUUAUAUAUAUGCUUGUAUAUAUAUAUCCAUAUAUUAUUUA